AUGAUACGUGGCUACGAGACCUCAAUGCUUGGUAGACGUGUGCGCUCGUUCCUGAGCGUUCCGUUCGCCGAACCACCCACCGGUGCCAAUCGUUUCCGUCCACCGAUUAUGAAGCGACCAUGGAAGGAUAUUAUCGAUGCUACCGUACUUGCCCCUGCUUGCUAUCAAGUUCGUUUUUGCUUUUUUUUUUUCUUUUACAAGUAA